AUGAGAACCACCGACCGAAUUUUGGGAAUAGAAAUUUCCAAAGGAAUCACAAUAGCAACAAUCGGUAGAUACGAAAUCUUAAGAGGGGACCCAACACCUAGGAAAAAGGAAGAGCAAAUCAGGAUGGAAAUAAGAAAGAAAACUAUAACACCAAUGCUCGACAGAAUAUGGACAGAGGAAGGUAAGGUGGCCAUCCUGGUCCUAGGGAUGGGUGUUAUAAUUGUGGAGGGAGUCAUUAUGCCUCCAAUUGUCCACAACGUACCCCAGCACAGAGAGGAUCAUAUCAGCAAGGAGCCCCUCAACAUCAGAUUCACGCUGUUGUUGACAAUCGUCAAGUUGAUUUCCAAGCCGCACUUAUCCAAAUCACAGGUUCAGGAUCCAGGGGUGGUGCUAGUGGAGCCCAUCCAAAUCCUAGAUCAGCGUAGUGUGAAGCUACGUAGCAAAGAUUUCACUCAAUAUAAGACUCCUCCACCCACGGUAGCCGCUUUGGUUGGUUUGUUAGCAGAACCCCCUCCAUACAUGGUGGUCGUUGUCAAAGCCUUUAAACGCAGGUCAAAACGGUGGGAGGCAAAGUUGUUUAAGCAGUCUAAUGGCAGCAGCACUAAAUUUUCCUUUGCCAACUUUACGCAAAACAACAGCCAGCAGCUCAUAUACAUGGGGGACGCUAACUUUUCUGCUGAAUAUGGUUAUAUCAAUCUAACGCCAGAUUUAAACCCCACUAUAAACGUUUCAUCUAUAAACGAAACGGCUUAUCUUCUCCAGUCUAUCGGAAGGGUUCUGUACCGCAAGCAGAUCACGAUGUGGCCGGCGAGUUUCACCACCGCCUUCACCAUCUUCGUGAAAAACAUCACAGCCGUCAGGAAUUUCAAUGGCGACGGUAUUGCCUUCAUCAUUGUAUCAGAAAACAAAAAAAGCUUUAUAGCAAAGAGCAGCGGGGCAUUCCUCGGCCUCUUCAACCAGUCCACGGACGGAAACACGACCGGCCAGCUUGCCAUCGAAUUCGACACAUUCCAUAAUGAAUUUGACCCAGUCGACGUCAAUCAUGUGGGCAUCGACAUCCAGGGCAUCAAAUCCAACGCAACUGCUAGUAUGGAAGAGCACGGCAUGGAUAUCCAGGCUGCGCGAGCAAUACAAGUCCGGGUCGACUACGACGGGUGGGCUAAAUCCCUGCAAAUCUAUGCGCGCUAUGCAAACAGUAGUUCGGCCUACGUAAGCCUUCUCAAUCGCACGGUGCAGCUCGAAAAAAUUGUUCCAAGAUUGGCGUACGUGGGAUUUUCUGCAACAACCGGGAAUUCAUUCGAAAUACAAAGAAUUCUCAACUGGAAUUUCAGGUCCGUGGUGUUGCCGGAGUCUUCUCUGAAUUUGUCCCCGGUGGGAACACCGCUAGGAUCCAACGGUGGGGUCAAAGUCGGCGUUUUGGUGGGCUCAAUUAUGGUCGGACUGGUUACGGUUGGAUUAAUAACCUCGUGGUUUGCGGUUAAGAGAUUGAAAAGGAAAAACCAGGCUACUAUAACUCUUGGCCGAGGAAGCUUCGUCGAAGAGCUGGCAAUAAUCCAUAACGCGCCUCAACGAUUCUCGUACAGUCAACUAGCCGCCGCCACCAACAACUUCAGCGAAGCGGAACUUCUAGGAACCGGCGGGUUCGGAAGCGUCUACAGAGGAAACUUCAACGCCGGCGGCAACGAAGACGUGGCGUUGGUGGCGGUGAAGAGAAUUUCCGACAGGUCAAAGCAGGGUGAAAGGGAAUUCAUCUCAGAAAUCAACACCAUCGGCCGCCUCCGCCACCGGAAUCUGGUGCAGCUUCAGGGCUGGUGCCACGAGCGUGACGAGCUUCUUCUGGUUUACGAUUGCAUGCCCAACGGAAGCUUGGACAAGUUUCUUUACGACAGAACCAGGGACCCGGCCUUAAAUUGGUCGCGGCGCCACAGGAUUUUGUGCGGCCUGGCCUCGGCUUUGCUGUACCUGCACGAAGAAUGGGAGCAGAGAGUCAUUCACCGAGACGUGAAGCCCAGCAAUGUAAUGCUCGACCGGAAAUUCAACGCCCGCCUGGGGGACUUUGGUCUGGCCCGGCUUAUCGAGCACGACGAUCAUAAUCCGGGCGUGAUGACACUGCUGGCGGGUACGCCCGGGUACGUUGCGCCCGAGUGCAGCUACACGGGCAAGGCCACCGCAGAAUCAGAUGUGUUCAGUUUUGGGAUCGUGCUUUUGGAGGUGGCCGCGGGUAGGCGAGUGGUGGAGCGCGAGUCCCGAUUGGCUGAACGAAAUUUGGUGGACUGGAUUUGGGGGCUUUACAGCGAGGAGAGAGUAUUGCAGUGUGUGGAUCCCAAAUUGGAAGGGCCUGAUCAUGAUGAAGAGCAGAUAAAAAGAGUAUUGAUCUUGGGUUUAGCGUGCUCGCAUCCUGAUCCACAGUUACGUCCUUCUAUCAGACAAGCCAUCCAAGUGCUCAUGAACCCAGAUGAGGAGCUGCCGCAGCUGCCUCUCACCAGGCCCCUGGCGAUCUAUGUUGCUUUACCAACGGUUCGACCUGCCAGUUCUCAGUUCACCUUGUCUCCAAAUACAAGGGGAGAUGCCGCAUCGUAUGGUCUCAUGGGCGAGAGUAGCAGGGGAUCCAUUACGUCUUCCACGCUACAUAGUGGUAGAUAG